GGAACUUCAACGAUAGAUCGAGACGACUACAACAAUCCGACAAAAUGGUUGCCGCGAAGAAGCACGUCCCGAUCGUGAAGAAGCACCCCAAGCGCUUCAACCGCCACCAGUCCGACCGCUUCAAAUGCGUCGACCCGUCAUGGAGAAAGCCAAAAGGUAUUGACAACCGCGUCAGGCGGCGGUUCAAGGGACAGGCUGCUAUGCCCAAGAUUGGAUAUGGCUCGAACAAGAAAACCCGCCACUUGAUGCCCAGCGGCCACAAGGCUUUCCUCGUCAACAAUAUUCGCGAUGUUGAUCUUCUCUUGAUGCACAACAACUCCUUCGCUGCAGAAAUCUCUCACUCCGUCUCGGCACGAAAGCGCAUCACCAUCAUCACUCGAGCGAAGCAGUUGGGCGUGAAGGUAACGAACGGCAAGGCCAAGGUCAAGACAGAGUCAUAGAGAAUCCAUUUUUGGGGGACAGCACGGGGGAUAUACAAGGGCGUCUCACAUGGGUUCGAUAACGACAACGGGAAUUUCUUUGCUCGCGAGGAACUGAGCAUGUAUCCAAAACCUUUUUGCACUGACAGCGAGUGAGUGACCGUCAGGGCAUGCAUAUCCUUGGCUCGGGACUUUGAGACAUAGGCUGAGAGCGUGUGUGCGCGGUUGGGUUGCAAGCAAUGGAAAAAUUUACAAUUCAAGCUUGUUAUGCUGGGUGUUAGGUGCUGUUGACCUGAGAGCUGAGUUGAGUUGAGAUUCCCGAGCGUCCUGCCGAUGUCGCAUUGGUGCCGGGUGAGGUUUGAUAUCGAGGUCCAGUACAUCCAAUCACCCACACCUACCUCCGCACCUUCUGCCUGCAUCCCAUAACUUUUCGG